UCUGCUUGUAUUUCUAUUUCAAUUCUUCCUCUUGUUAUCAAGAGAAUGAACAAAUCGUAGGGAUUUCGGCGUUAAAUUCCCAACAAUAAAAAUCAAAAGUAUCAAUGUUAACAAAAGCUAUGCGACAUUCACAAGAGGAAUGAAAGCAGACAUCUUUCUAAAGAGAAACAGCAGCAAUUACCUUGGAGAAGUUUGGCCAGGUCCAGUCUACUUCCCAGACUUCUUCAAUCCUGACGCUGUAAACUUCUGGGACCAAGAAAUCGAAAUCUUUCACAAAACUCUUCCCAUUGAUGGCCUUUGGAUCGACAUGAAUGAGAUCUCCAACUUCAUCACUCCCUCUCCUCUCAACUCCCUCGACGACCCUCCAUACAAAAUCAACAACGCUGGAGUUCAGCGGCCUAUUAACAAUCUUACAGUCCCUGCAUCGAGCAUUCACUAUGGGAACUUGACUGAGUACAAUGUACAUAACCUGCAUGGGCUUUUGGAAUCGAGAGCAACUCAUGAUACUUUGAUUAAACUUAAGGGCAAGCGCCCGUUUGUGCUUACGAGGUCCACGUUUGUUGGUUCGGGAAAGUAUGCUGCACAUUGGACUGGUGAUAAUGCAGCAACAUGGGAUGAUUUGGGGUACUCGAUACCGACUAUUUUAAACUUUGGUCUGUUUGGAGUUCCUAUGGUUGGAGCCGAUAUAUGUGGGUUUUCAGGUAAUACUACUGAAGAGCUUUGCCGAAGGUGGAUUCAGCUUGGUGCAUUCUACCCUUUUGCUCGAAAUCACGCGACAAAAGGUUCGAUAAGACACGAGCUCUAUCUUUGGGAUUCGGUCGUUCGAUCAGCAAAGAAGGCGCUAGGAUUGCGUUAUCGCCUGCUCCCCUACUUCUACACACUAAUGUACGAGGCGUGUACUAAGGGUACUCCAAUUGCCAGACCGCUUUUCUUCUCAGACCCCGAGGACACGCAAACUUAUGAUAUUAACGCACAGUUUAUGAUCGGAGGUGCAGUAAUGGUAUCUCCAGUCCUAAGUCCAGGAGUAAAUUCAGUAACUGCUUAUUUCCCGAAAGGCAUUUGGUUCAAUCUCUUCAAUUACUCAAGCACAAUGAUUACUGAUUCUGGGGAAUAUUUUACGCUAGAAGCGCCUGAAGAUAGUGUAAAUGUUCAUGUACGAGGAGGUAAUAUAUUACCGAUGCAGGAAGAGGCGAUGACUACACAAUUAGCUAGAGAUAACGAGUUCGAGCUUCUGGUUGUGCUACAUGAAGGUAUGGCUGAAGGUGAGGUGUUUGUAGAUGAUGGAGAGGUUGUGGAGAUGGGAGGAAAGGAGAGUGAAUGGAGUACAAUGAAGUUUUCGGCGAAAGUUGAAGGCAAAGAUGUGAAGAUCAAGUCAGUGCUAGUUAAUGGUACAUAUGCUUUGGAUCAUAAGUUGGUAGUGAAGGUUCUGGUGCUUGGGCUUGGGUUUGAAGAAGGUAUAGAGAUGCAUAGCUUGUAUGUGAAUGGAGUUGAAUUGGGAGGGAAAGGGGUGGGUUUGAGUUACGAGAAGCGAGGGAGUUUUGGCGUGGCAGAAAUUGACGGCUUAACCCAGCUUAUUGGAAAUGAUUUUGAGUUGAGUUUGAAGUUCAGUGUAUACUAAGUUGUAGUUGGAUUAAUAAAGAAGAAGAAAUAAGCUGAGGAAAACAUGUUUCCUUUGACUUCAGCUGAAGAGACGACUGGAGAUCAUAAAAGAUCCACGUC